AGCCCCACAGUUAGGAAUCCAUCAACCAUGGCGGAUCUGGAGAUCGACAGAAUCCGCGCCCCAAAAGUUCCUUUUUCUUGAAUAUUUUCAUAAGCUGACCAAAGCAGCUAGGGUUUUAGGGUUUUUGACCGAAGAACCCGUACUUGACAGGUGUAGAAAUGAGGAAUAGAAGCAAAGAUCUUUUGAAAUUGGAAGAACAGAACGAACCCUCUUCCAUAGAGUCUAGCCUUCUUGUUUGCAACAACAAUGAUCCCUUAUCUCAGAAGAAAAAAUGUUAUACCAAUAAGAAUGGCAGUGAGAAGAUUUUAACAACUUCAAUUCCUACAAGCCAAGUACUUGGAAGAGUGAAAGACUUCUUGGGAGUUAUGGCUGAAGCUAAUAAGAGAUUGCAGCUUGAUGCACAGGAGAAAUCUCAAGUGGACUAUGACAUUGAAGUGCUAACUGGGAACGAAAGAGAAUAUAUUGAAAUGGAUCUGGUUUUGGGUGUUGCAGAUCUUCAUACUCCAGAAGCUGUGGUGGCAGCUGAAGCUGCCCUGGUUGGUUCUCAGCUCAUUUUGCCUUCAUCUGUCUGUAGCAACAGCUCUGACACAGAAGACAGUGACAGCAACGAUGACGACGAUGACGACGACGACAACAAUACAUGCUUGCCGAACAAACUUCGCAAACAAAAUUCAGAUGGCAAAGACUCUUCGAGUUCUGAUCAGCCGAAAAAGCGGCCAAAGAUUACUGAGCUCCACUGAAGCAUUCAAUCCAGAUUUGCAGCAGUUUGGUCCAGCCACCAGUCCAACCAAACUGACCCAUGAUGUGGUAAUUAUCAUACAUCGAGAGCAUCUAGUAAAGUGAUUAGGAUGAUGAUUUCCUUAGGAGGUGAUUGGUUUGCAAUAUCUGAACUACGUGAUCAUGGAUUGUUCCUGAGAGGGGCCUCUAAGUAGCCCUACAUCUUCAAGGGUUUGAUAAUCAUUUCCUAUUAAGGCUCAGCCCAGGCCUGGCAUGCUCAGGCCAGUUUUUCCGGCCUGUGACAAGGGCAUAGGCCUAGGAUUCAGUUCCGACAUGUAUAAUGGUUCAGGAUUUGGUUGUGUAAGCUUCCUGUUUUAAAGACAUCAGUGGCCAGUGAAGGCAUGCAUUAUACA